AUGGCUACAGAUUACAUACGGCUUGGUUUCAAAGUUCCAACUGAGAUAGGAGAAGACUUCCUCACUAUAUAUGACCAGAAUGCUAGAUUUUAUCUAAUAGCUAAGGAGUUUGCGGGUGCACAUAAUCAACCAUUAACACAAAUAAACCUCAAGUUGGGAGAUCAAAGGUUAGAUAUUAAUUCAACUCCAAGGCACUUACAAGCUCACGACAAAGAUACGGUAUCAAUAGAGGCAAAAUUUUCAAGUAUAUCAACCCCGUCAUGGACAUUUGCAAAUGCAAUUACCAAAGCCAUAGAGAAGCUAGAAGAGGCUAAUCCAAACAUCACAAUUAUUAUCAAGGUAGAGAAUUCCAGUGUUUGUGUUGUAUUGAACAUGAAAAGGACCGAUAAAAUAUUUGGAUUAAAAGAAAAGUUUCAAAGAGCUACUGAUAGAAAUGUCACUUCUAUUUUAAAGGUCAAUGGUCAAAACUCACUAACUGAAAUUAAUGAUGAAACAAUUUUGAGCAAUUUGGAGUUAAGUAAUGGAAUAACUUUUGAAGUACAACAUGAUGGUGAACCUUUGACAUGGGACAGAAAUUCGCAAAUGGACUCAGACUCCAAAAUACCCAACCCAGAAGGAGAAAAUAGCAAAGAUAUUUCAAAUUCUGGAGAUCAAGAAGUGGCUUCAAGUAGUUCCAGCUCAAGAGUUUUCGGAAGUAUAUCCAUUACAUCCAUGCUCGAAUCAAAUGAUGAAGACGGUGAUACAAUCAUGGAAGGUAUAAAUGACGAGGAAACAACAAGUUUGAUUAUAGGGAAAGACCCAUCAAACAGUUUGAACAGAGAGAAAGCAGAUCAAAACAAACAUGAAACAAUAGACAAUGUACUGGUAUCAUCAACUUUGAGAGGAGAAUCACAAAAUUUACAGAAUCAAGAUGAUACAAAUGAUACUGAAAUUGAAAACGCUGUCCAAAGUCAAAAUUUAGAAAUAAAUAUUGAUCAAAACAUCUCAAAAUCAACAGACAUUCCAGUAAUAGAAUCAAACACUAGUAUAAUUGACGAGUCAACAGAUUUUCCUGCUGCUAAUCAACAAUCAAUUGAAAGAAAUAUUGAAACACCAUUAAAAGACAAUAACGCUCAAACAUUUUUGGAUAACAGCCAAGCGUGGGAUGAGAAUACCAUAUCUGAUACACAAACAAGUACAGAGAAUAACAUUGGGACGCAAAGACCACCAACUAAUGAUUUAUUAACGUUCGAAUUCAAAGUUACUGGUACCGAUUUCGAAGAAUUUUCAUUUUCUUUAGGUCAAAAUGAAACAUUCAAAUCUGUUUUGAAUGAUUUCAAAAGCAAACACCCACAGAAUUCAGAAGCUACAUUGAGGUUUUUAAAAAGAGUUAUCGAACCUACUGAUACUCCUAAUUCAAUAAAUGCUUCCAAAAAUCAGUCAAAUGAAAUCAAUGUGUUGAAUGCGGAACCAGAUGUGGUAACAUUUGUUCUUACUGAUACCAGUAACAAAUUUAGGCCAGUAUAUUUGAAAGCCAAAUUAAAAAUUAAACUAAAGAAGGUAUUUGAAAUAUAUGCAUCGAAGAAUAAGUUGAAUUGGAAAGAGCUUACUUUCAAAUUUGAAGGGAAAAUUUUGAAAAGACAUGAUACUCCCUUGAUUACAGGCUUACAGAACGGAUCAAAAGUUGAGGUAAUUCUACCACAAGAAAGUACGUAA